AUCAUCUCCGUAUCCGUUAGCCGUGUGGAGUUAGUUUUUCACUUACUCUCGUCCGAAGCGGUCGCAUCCGUUGCGUGAUCCCGUAUAUCCCAUCGGUUCGGAAAGCGAAUGUUGUUAUUGACUGGCCCCUUUCUUGGGCUGAAAGGUCCUGAAAAGAGCAACCGAACAAAAGAAGGUGUUGGCCUGCCGUGUAUCCGAUAGACACCACCGGAUUUGAGGUGAUAGAUUUUCCACGUAGCGCAGAACCGGGUAACGAAAUCAGUUGAAAAUAUCGAUUCACGAAUGUGUAGCACGCGUUAAGUGAACAUCCCAUGCCACCGAGAAGAAGCAUCCUUUGGGAAGUAGCAUAAAUUACAUAAUGUAGUUAGUGGACCCGAUACUGGAGGGUAAUAUCGAGUAUUGCUGUUGUUAUUCUUGCAGUAGCAAGUGCUUGUGUGUGGAUUGCUUCGAUUAACGGUCGAUAACUAAGAUUGGAUUAAAUAUGCCCCUUGGCGGCUACUUACAUAUCCUGGCAUGCCGUAAGUCACAGAUGCGAUGUGAUCCUUUUCCAUAGACAGCAAAUCUCAUGACCUACUGUUGUAAACAACGGAUGCAGAGAGUUCAUUAUUCAUGUGCAAGUGAAGGUGCGUGUGUUUGAACGAGAUUAGUGAUAAGUGCAUCUUCAUCGAGCAUAAGGAUAAUUACGUUAAGUGGGCAGCAAACAUUGAGUCAUUGAAGCUAGGAUCGAAAAUUCGAGUCAAUUUAGCAUUCGCGUGAACAUAAGUUGUGCGUUCUGUUAGUUCUUGGCAGCUGGGUGAUGGGUGACGGAACGAGUAUUCGUAAGCUGAUCCAGCUGCAUUGAGAGACGACACCGGAAAAAAUCCAUUAGGGAGAUCCACUUAAGACAAAGACUCAGUAGCCGGCUUAUUCGAUUCGAACGCGCACGUUAGAGGAGAACGACGACUCAUCAGCUGACGGUUCAAGGCUUGCUGUGUUCGACGGUCGAAGUUUAGGUCCAUCGCAUGCGAUUGAGUGAUUGAUGGUUGAAUGAUCCUCUUAGAAGACGGAGACGAAAAGUGAAUUGGCCGGGAAGUCAGUGCAUUUCGCGGCGGAGUGCGACCAGGGGUGGUUGGGCGUAAUCUUAGAGUGUGAGAAGAUUAAUGAUACACACGGAAUCUACUCUUUUGUGCUGAAUUGACGCCGGAAAACGAACCGGAAGGCAAGUGUGAAUUUAGUGCGAGGCCAGCGGCGAAGCUGAAAUUUGUGCAGUGAAAAGGCAUUAAUGAUGAUAAUGAUGCUUCUCCGUGUUCGGUCGCUACUGUCUGGUUGAUGAUAUACACACCGGGGAGUUUGAGUGCAGUCGGUACAAGCAAAGGGGAAGCUGGCGUGAAGAAUAAUAGGAAGAACCGCGGUAGAAUAAUUUCAAUAUAAAUUAAAGCUGCCAGCAGCUGUUUGUGUCAAGUGGAAAACGGACGCGUGCUGUGGAAUUUGACAGUUGUUGUAGUUGCCGCCACAACGGUCAUGUCGGCUGCUGUGUUGCUGCAGCAGGGAAACACCGAAUUCCCGGAGGCGUGAAGAGUGAACUGGAAGUAGCAACAGUUUGCAAUAGUUGUUGGAGAUGUUUUCCCGGCCUCCGACCAUUGGCAGCCAAAGGAUUGUUUGCUUGGAGCUGGAUCGACCAGCGAUUUCAAAUAUCUAGCAGCCUUCCAAAGCGGACAGACCAACAGUUGAAACCGGCAGACUACGCUGGCAGAUCACCUUUCACAGCACUAGAUUAUGGAUCUUACGUCUGUGUGAAAAGCACCGUUUUUAAGGCAUGACCUUUGUGGAAACUAAAACCAACCGUACUUUCGAGGAAACCACAUAUUUUCAAUUCAUGUUGUGAAAAUGAGUUUUCCGCAUCUGAAAAAACAUCUUUCCGGCGAAUGAAAUCGACUAUCCCGGCUUCCAGCGUGCAGAACAGAGCGUGAGAGUAAGCAUCACAAAAGCGCGGGUGAAAUGUGCCACCGUGCCACGGUAUCGUGUCGAUCAAACGAAAUCCUUCCCCGAACGACAUGAUGCUUCGAAGGUGGCCUAAACUGGGGCUGAUGCAGCCUUACUACAAGUACGGCUUGUGGCGGUGCUGGCUGCUGGUCAGUCUAGUGUUGCUGCACCAGAUCAGCUACGGACGGAUGGAGGAGGUGCUCCGGCUCCGGGGUGGUGGUGGUGGCGGUCAGUCCGCCUUUGGACAGGCCCGACAUCCCCUGCAGCAGCUGGACGAACACGAAACGUACUCGUCUUCCUCGAACGAAAUCGAGUGUCCGAGCUUUGCCGAGAAUUCCGCCUGUCCGUGCUACAAGUUCGAAGAUGGUCUGUUUCUCGAAUGCCCAAGCAUCACGGGAGAAGCGUUGCGCUCGACGCUGCAGCUUAUAUCGGCCCCCAUCCAGUCGUUGUCGGUGUACGAGUUUGACCGUUCGGUGAAAUCCCUUACCGCAGAUCUGUUUGCCUCGUCGUCCGGGUCCCAGUUUGGCGCCUCGCCACAGGCAACCGGUAGCAGCAGCAGUGGCAACGAUGUCAACAUCCGACAUCUUCAGUUUUCCCACUCCAACUUGCAGCAGUUGAAGGAGAACAGUUUGAAUAAUUUACGAGCGCAUUUAGAGAGCUUAAGUAUUGUAAAUGGAAAAUUGACACAAGUGCCCACAAAAGCCCUGAGUGGCAUGAAGAAGCUGAUGGUGUUGGACUUUGAGCUGAACGAGAUCGGAACCGUUGAGGAGUAUGCCUUCUACGGGCUGCAUCUGGUCAAGCUAAACCUGAAGGGUAACCGGCUGCAGCGGGUACCGGAAAAUGCGCUGGUCGGGCUGGAGGAUUCACUGGCCGAGGUUGACUUCUCGGAAAAUCAGCUCAAGCAAUUUCCAACGGCGGCGCUCAAGCGGCUGGAGAAUUUGCGCUCGGUGCGGCUGUCGAUGAACGAAAUUAACUCACUGGAACAGGAUGACAGUUAUGCUCGGUUUAGUUCGUUGGUGUUUUUGGACCUGAGUUUGAACAAUUUUGUCGAGUUGUACAGUGAUGUGUUCAAUCCGUUUCCGUACUUGAAGACGCUAUCGUUGUAUAAUAAUUUUAUCGAACUGGUACAUAGAGAUAGUUUCGUGUCGUUGAAGGAGCUCCAAUCGUUGGAUUUGAGCCACAACAAGAUAGUGUUUGUGGACGCGGAAGUGUUCGCCGCGAAUCGAAAGCUGCACACCGUGGAUCUGAGCCACAAUCACAUCCACUACGUGAGCGGUGUGUUUGCGAAUUUACCCCUGCUGAGGGAGAUCUUUCUGAGUGAGAAUAACAUUCUGGAACUGACGGACGAUUGUUUCAGUAAUUCGACUAGUGUUAAGGUGAUCUAUCUAGAGAACAAUUCAAUUCAACGGUUAGACGCGGAAUCGUUAGUGACGCUGUUCAAUCUGGAGCAGCUUUAUCUGAGUGGAAACCAUAUCCCGAGGAUUCCGGCGGGAUUCUUCGAGUCGACCAGCAAGCUGCACUCACUGAGUUUAGAUAAUAAUAUGCUAAGUGAAUUAGAAGGUUGUCUGUUCAGGCGGCUGCCUAAUUUAAGAGAGGUGCGAUUGAACGAUAAUCAGUUGAGGCUUAUCAGGGAGCAGCUGUUUGCUGAGUCGAGUAACUUAAUGGAGCUUCAUUUGCAAAAUAACGCGCUGAGGGUGAUAGAAAGGUUUGCGUUCAAAAAUUGCCACCAGCUGCAGUAUAUAAAUUUGCAGGAAAAUGCACUGAAUGAAAUCGAUACGAUUUUCUCCUAUUCGGCGGACGGAUCGACGGCUAAUCAUUUACAGCAACCUCUCACAGCUCGAGGCAAACUGAUAACGACGAAAACGGGUGUGAGUGAGGAGCUUCCGUUUGGAAGCUUGGGUUCUGAGUCUUCAUCGGCGUCGUCGUCGCUUCUUUCCAUUCAGCUGAAUUCGAACUCAAUCAAAUAUCUCCACGGAAGUUCGUUCCAGGGUCAAACCGAUGUGCAAGUCAUCUGGUUGGAAAAUAACAUGCUUAAAAGCCUCGACAAGAUGCUUUUUGCAGAUCUCAUACAUUUGGAGAGGCUCUACUUGAGGAAUAAUUCACUCGUCAGCAUCGAGGUGGGUGCUUUCGACUCACAGCGAGCGCUUAAGCAUCUGGAUCUGAGCGUAAAUCGGUUAUCCGAAUUAAACGAGAACCUUUUCCGCAGUAUGGCCGAACUGGAUGAGCUUUAUUUGUCUGACAAUGAGUUGGAAAAGCUAACUCCGAACGUGUUUGGAGCUUUGCGAAGGUUGAGAGUUCUGGACCUCAGCUAUAACAAGCUGGGAGUGCUGCAAUCGAACGUGUUUCAGCCCAACUUUUCCGUUAGUGUUAUUAAUUUGAAAAGCUGUGGACUCUCUCGAAUUGAACCGAACGCUUUUAAAGGAUUGCAAAAUCUAAACGAACUAAACUUGGAGGAAAAUCAAUUGAAAUCGGACGACAUCAAACAGAUAGAUGCGAGCUCACUGAGAACUCUUCGGCUCUCGGCUAACAAUUUUACUAUAAUACGGGAAAAUAUGUUGGACCGGUUGCCAUCCCUGCAGACGUUGGCCCUGGAUCGGUGCGCAAUCCGCGACUUACCCUACACGUUGUUCAGCAAAAACAACAACUUGGUCAAGUUAGACCUCAGCAGUAACCUGCUGCGCACGUUGAGGAGGAACAUUUUCGUCAAUUUGAAUGUGUUCAAGGAACUUCGACUGUACAACAACUCCUUCAGUGACUUCCCGCAUGUCGCUUUGUCGAACGUUUCAACCUUGGAGCUCCUCUCGCUAUCGAAGAAUCAACUCACCAGCGUAGAUUUCUUCAAGCUAAACGGUCUUCCGAACUUACGCCACUUGGACCUGCGAGACAACAGUAUUUCCUCUCUGUCAGGGUUUAACACCAUCACCCUCCCGCAUCUGGACAUGAUUGACCUCAGCGGUAAUCUGCUGCUCGCACUUCCGGAAAACUUCUUCAAGCACUCGAUCAGUCUGCAGCGCAUCGAUCUAUCCUGCAACCGAUUCAGCCAGAUUCCAAACGCCGCUCUGUCUGAAUCAUCCCUCGCCCGGUUGGCCUGGUUAAAUCUAACCGGAAACCCGCUGCAGCGAAUACACCAAAGUAUGUCUUCCGACGCGGAUCUGCGGCGCUAUCCUCACCUUAAAGAAAUUCACAUCAGCCAGACUAACCUUACCAUCCUGACGAGUAAGGAUUUCGAAAUCUACCCGGCUCUGCAGAGGCUCUAUCUGCUCCAGAAUCGCAUCAAUCGAGUCUCACCGGGAGCUUUCGUCGCGCUAUCCAAUCUCCAAAUUUUGGACCUAAGUGUCAACGAAAUCGAAAUUCUUCCGAAAGAACGCCUCCAAGGGCUGCGCUUGCUGGAAAUCCUCAACAUCUCCACAAACAACAUCAAGGAUCUGGACGAGUUUACCGAGGACCUGCAAAAGCUGAGAAUAUUGGAUGUUUCCUCGAACCAGCUGGAGCGGCUGCAGAAAAACACCCUGCGUCAUCUGGUUGCCCUGCAGGAGCUGGUCCUGUACGGCAAUCGAAUCGUCAGCAUCUCGUCCGAUGCGUUCCGUUCACUGCGGGCCCUGCGGUUGUUGGAUUUGCGUAAAAACUACUUCGAGUAUGUGCCGUUGAGGGCACUGAAACCGCUGGAGACGCACCUGCGGCAGCUGCGAGUGGAAGAAAAUCCCCUCGUUUGCUCGUGCGACACUCAGGAGCCGUGGGAGUGGCUGAGCGACCACCGGAAGUGGACGCUUGGAUACGAUAAUGUGCGCUGCGAACAGCCACCGGAAGUGCAGGGUAAAAAUCUCUUGACGAUGGAACCGCAGGAAUUCUGCGACACGCCGCUGAUACUGAAAAUCGCCAUCCAGGAUAUACAGCCCUACUCGGUGCUGGUGUCAUGGCAGAGCCGGGAGCACUCCGGACUGCACGGGUAUCAUGUAAUAUUUCACUCGCUCGAUACGGUGGAGGAUAUUCGCGGUCGGACACUGAAUCGGUUGGCGAACUCCGCCAAGUUGGACCGUUUAUCGUCGAACACCCGGUACUUGAUUUGCGUUCUAGGCCUGGGCAACUGGUUGUCCUACCAUAGUGACAUCCACAGCCUGCUGAACCAAUCCAAUCAGAUCCAGAACCAGAUUCUGAACAAUCAGCCGGGCUUCAUGAUGGACGAGUUGGACACUUCGUUCAGCAAUACGUUGCUUUCGCUGAUGAUGGACACGCCAACAUCUCGGUGCACGGAAGUGCGCACACUGGACGCAAUCGGGCCAAAUCCACUGGCCGAGGUGGACGGCAUGUCCAGCCAGGGCAUUAUUCAUUCGAUACUGACACGGCGGCUAGGUUUAAUAGUGGGCUGCUGCUUGGGGAUUAUUGUGUUUAUAGUGCUAGUCUCGGUGCUCGGUUAUCUCAAGAUCAAGAAGCAGCGGUUGGAAGCCGCCAAACGGCAGCAACAGCCGAUGGCACCGGAAUUUAUUUCAUAUCGGCACUUUUCCAUUCCGAACGAUGAACACGGUCGCGAUGGGGUGGCCGGGGCAGGUGGAACGAACACCUUCCUGCAUAACAAUCACCACCAGAACCAGCAGCCGCCGCCGGGGGGAGACGGACAUCCGAGCUUCAUAUCCGGAGCGGUGCUGGGGACGACCACCACACACAACGGGGACGUGACUGAUGAGCGGAUAAAGGUAUUUAUUGACAGUUGAAGUAGCUAGAGGACCACCCAACCUGCAAUGUGCGCCAACUCGUCAUUUCGGUUGGCGAUUACACGCUGCUUUCUGGGUUUUACCGUUUGUCGUCACUGCUAUUGUAUGCUAAUUUUCUAGUCACCAAAAACCAAUUUUGUUGAUAAACAAAACCAAAAUCGAAACAACGAUCAAAACCACAAGUAAGAAACAAAAAUCAAAGUAGACAUCGCUGGUAUUAAGCGAAGAAUGAGAAAAUCAAAGAAACCUUAUAAGCUUCUACAAACAGAGUAGCAAAAAAAUCGUAGAAAGCCGGCAAACUCGAUGUGGGUGGCGUCACCCCUGGUAUUGUGUAAAUACAGUAAACAGUAAAGAAAAAGCAAAGCAAACCAACAGAACACAGUUCAGCCGCGGGUGAAAAGUUCAUCUCCUAGACAAGCGAAUGUUGGCUUGACCCCCCUCCUCCCCCUUUGAUCGUCGUCGCUGCCUGGCGGCGUGGUUAAGCAGGUGGAGAGAGAGAGACCUGUUUUGGUUGAAAAUGUUUGCACACCUUGUAAAUAGAGUGAAAUCGUACGGAGGCGACGGACGGGUCGAGAUAUAGGUCGCAAAGAGUGAAUUAUUUUAACAAGCCAGAAUAAAUUAGGGAAAAGUUUGAUAGGAAAACAAGCUGCUGCGAACAGUAGGUAAAUAAAUUUUUAAUUUAUAGCACCGGCAAGUUGCACGCUUGUCGGCUGUUCAUAACACAACAGCAACAGAUAUUAGGCGAAAAGUUUACCGGUGAAUGGGUCCGAGGAGGACCACAACAGACAGCGCCGUGACGGUGUGCGAAAGCUUGGAUGUUUCGGUGGGAAGUUUGUGUGUGGCAACUCGGUUUGGAAAGGGCUAUCGUUGUUUACACGCCUUUUCUCGAUUAACCACUCUCCGCACCUCUAUUCGGGCACUGAAGCUUGACGGGUGCUGAUAAGAGCAGUGCAAUCAAUUUAGUUUUCGUUUAUUCGCGAGUUUUGGGAGGGAAUGAAUCAUGGUAACUAGGACGAACAGUUGUAGGAGUUGAAGUAGAGAGGAUCGGAGUAACUCGUCUGUGUUUAUCCAACUAAUCGGUUUUUGCUGGCAGUGCAAAUUGAGCACUGUUCAUUGUUUGUUAAUAUUAUUUAAAUUUAAUCUCGCUAAGACAUUUGCUUUACUACGAUGGAAUAUUCACGCAAAAGUUGGAUGGUGCGAAUUUACGAGGAUGUUUUGUAAAACUUUUCCUAGAUUUAUGCUAUAUUUUUCAUCCUUGCCAUAACUCAACUUUUGUCAUGCGAUGUUUUGGUUGAAACCCCUUCCGUAUGAAAAUGUUUACCUGUAAUAGUAUCGUAUUAUGUGUUUGUGAAAGGUAGGAUUUUUUGUUGGGAUACAGGACAAAACUUGCGUAGAAACCGAUGCAAUUCAAGUCAAUCAUUGUUAAAUUAACGGGUCAAAAUUAGCAUCAAAGUGGGGUAAUUCGUAUUUCACCCGAGUACCUAGCACGGUCGGGAUUUUUCCAACUGACGAAUGAAAAUCGCAUCCAACCCAUCACCCAUCCAAGUUUUCUCAUCGUCGCGGCUAAUAUCAAUUAUUAUUAUUCCGAACAAAGAGCAAGCACCCGACAUGGAUGACCCGGAAAAAAGGCAUUUUCGUUCAAAAGGGCAAACAAGCAACGACUUUCCUAAGAUGUCUGCUCUUUGCGGAACUUCUGUGACUUCGGUCCCCUUCACCGGUCCGUGAGAAGAACAAUGGGCGAAAAAACAAUCUCCGCGACAGGCACGUGGAGAAUUUUUUUUCUUUCGUUAGAUAAUUUUUCGAAGUGCUUUAGUUUUACUUCAAAACUUUUAAAAAUUGACAUUUACCAGUUAACGUUACCUCCAGAACCCAUCACUAUGGAUUCACCCCAGUAUCAAGAUAAUUAGUGGUUGCGAGAAAACGUAACUUUUUUUACUGUUUGGGAGUGAACAGCUAUAUCUAGGAUCUUUUUUGUGCCACACUAAAGUUUAAGUUAAUUUUUACCAUUUAGUUUAACGUGCUAUGAAACGGAGACUGGCGUUUAUCGAUCGGUGUCAGCGGCGAGAAAGUCGCUUGUGUACCUGGACACGGUCUAGACUAAAGCGGAAUGCACGAGUGAAUGAGAGUGUGCAUCCAAGUUGUGUUAAUUGUUAAAAGAAAUAAUUAGUUAAAUUGAACUUUAUCGCUAUAUUCUCCAAAGGAAAGGUCGAAAUAACUUUUGUAAAAACUUUGUUGACAGUUGUUUUUCAAUAUUUUGUCAUCCAUUAGUUUAUCAUAAGAGUGAACAAUUUGCACCUUUCACAAAACGUUCCUUCGAAAGGUAACUAUGUUACUAAAAAGUCUUUUUAGUGCAAAGCAUUAUGAUCACAUAUAAAUCAGAAAAAAUGUAAGAAAACAGUAGUAAAUAGAGGAGAAACAAAAAAAAAGCAAAAAAUAUAACACAACUCACAUACAAACAUUAGUAGGCAAAUUAUGAAAAUCAAGUUUUAUAAAAUCAAAAGAAUGAUAAAAUUCAAAAGGUACAUGCCAUUUUAGAAAUUUUGAUGAACAAUUACACAGACUAAAUGGGCAAUUCUACACAAACACACACAACACACUGCAAAAAGUUCGUAGCCCAAUCGAAGCGGAAGUCAAAAAAAAAAGAGCGUGAACUCAAUAAAUAAUAAUCAAUUAUAGAA